GAGAAUCGCCAAAUGGUUUGGCCCGAUUAUCCGGGUGUAAUCUUAGAUAAUUAGCCGAAGAGAACGGAAAGUCAACUGACUCGGGGUUCGAAUUCGACGGGAACCGCGACUUUCUCCAUGUAACGGAGGGGAGGAGAGAGAGGAGUAGACGACGGACGUCGGGAAAAUCACCGUUUCUUCACCCCAAAGUAGUAUAUUUUCUGCUUUGGUCGGCUGAUAAUUACGUAAUUCCCACCCGCUCGGCGGUUUGGUACCUACCGAAUAGGGCAAAUGCUCGGGGCAUCCGAAAGAGGUGGCCCCGAGUAUUUGAUGCAUUCGGACCGGGUGAGACGGGGGACGGCCGAGAGGAGGAGGGCGUGGGUUGGAAGCGGAGGGACCGGCCAGAGACCCUCCCCCGGGGGCCGACGGCCGGGGAGCGACACUCCGGUGGCUACCGACGGCGACGGGUGGCGGGAUCUGCGCAGGCCGCGUGCCGAGUGUGGGCGGUCGGACGACCGAACAAAACCCGCUCCGACGUCGCCCGGACGGGACAUCCAUUCGGCCGUCGCUCGCCCCGCGCAACACGCAGCAUGCGAAUCGCCGUCGGCAUCGCGUUCACGCUGCUGUCCGCGUCCCUGUGCGCCCAGUCCAGACCCAACGUUCCCAACGGAUGGAAGCUCGGCAGGAGGAACAGAAACUGGCUGCGAGAAGCGUCGUGGAAGAAGAGGAGUUACGUCUUUCGACCGAGCGAAGUGGUCAGGGAGUGUUGUCCUUCCGUGUUGGAGAUCAGCGAACCACGAGGAGGGAGGUCCGUUACGGGGAUACUCAUGGACCUGUAUCGGGACCGUAACUCGACGCAGAAGUUCUACGAGACGGUCUGCCGUCGCGACGUGUUGGACAAGCGCUGCGACUACGUGGGCGACAAGCUGCGACCCUACUCCAAGUGCGUUCAGAAAUACGGCCUGAGUUACGCCCUGGUGAGAAAACACGGCACCGACGAGGACUGGCGCCUGGACUACAUCCUGAUCAGGAGCGGAUGCGCGUGCGAGUUACGGUUCGAGAUCAUCAGACGUCCCGAAGAAGGUUUAUGACGCCCGCGCCCGCAUCCAGGCGCGCGGCGGCGCGAAAACGUCGCCGCCGGCGCGCAGUCGAAGCGUCCUUUUGUUCAUAUUUUCUUCUCUAUUGUAUUUUUACGGCCGUCCGAGGAGGGUCCGCGACUCGGCGGCGGCUCUUUUAUUUAUGCAGUCCGUUACGUUUUUUGUGUGUUAAAAUAAAAUUGGU